AUGGAAUAUCAAACAGCUUCACAUGAUGAAUACAGAGAUAUUUUUAACGAUUCCGUUAAAAUCAUUCUAAAUGAAGAUUUAACCGAAGAACUGGUCAACUCGGAAAAUCUAGCAGAAGAAAUGCGAGACGCUCAACAAAAUCUAAAAGAACAAGAUAUUGCAACAUAUACAAUGGACCAAGACUAUAAACCACCUGUUGAACUUAAUAAAAAAGAUGAAAUCCAAGAAAUUUCACAAGAAGAGUUUAAACCAAAAGAAGCGAAACAGAAAAAAGAAGAGUUUAACUUUGAUAAAAUUGAAAGAACCGAAAUUGAACAAAUCAAAAAAAACAUCAUUAACUUACAAAAACUAGCGAAUGAACAAGCUAAACAUAUUCAAAUUCUGAAACAAGCAAUUAAAAUCCACCAAUUAAUGUUUAACGAACUUCACCAAGAAAAUACUAAUCUCAAACGAAA